AAAUAAAGCUUUAAAGCAAGCGUAUAUGUUUAGUAAAAAAAAAAAAACAAAAAUAAAGAAAGGUUGUCGUUUGUGGUAGUGUGGUGUUGUGUUUGAGUUCGCUAAAUAUAAUUGGAAAUGAGAGCAGCUGUUAUUAAUAAAAAUGUGUUCUGCAACAGUAUAAAACAAACAAAACUAAACACCAGCUAUGGAUUUAUUAAGCCGUUUAAUUAUUUUAAAUUGUUGAUUUGUUAUUAAACUUGCGGCGAAAGUAUUGAAAUAUUCUGUAAGAAUACGGAAAUAAAAUUUGUUGCAAUGCUUAAGUAAACAUUUUAAUUCCGAAAGUAUUUAGCACUGAAUUAAAAAAAGUGAAAACUUCUUAUGACAUAAAGUGUAAAAAUCAACUAGGAAUACAAGUACCUAAAAAUCUAAAGCUUGGGAAUCUAAAGAAAAAAAAAAAACAAAUACGCAGAAAAACAACUUAAAAGCAAUUUCACGCUCAAAAAAGUAACGGAGGUAUUCAUACUAUAUCUGUACGCUACAAAAUAUGUAGAUCGCCUUACGCAUGAAUCUUGAAAACCGACUCCCAAAGAUUAAAAGCGCAUCAGUUUCAUAAACGCUGAAGCCAAUCAAUCGCAGCACAAUUAAAACGAGGCGAACCAGCUGUCCAUCGAUGACUGCGCGUAAACCACAGUUUUUACAACACAUACAGGCUAAUUAAAAAAUAUAUAUUUGAAAAAGUGAAGUAGAUAAUAAUUUUUGGGUGUAAUAAAAUUCCAAAAAAUACGAAAAAUUAAAUAUAACUACAAUAUUUCAAAACAGCGUUUGGAGAAUAUUAUUAAAAUUUGUAUCUACGAAUUUCAAAACAACGACGUACAACAACAGCUAUACAUCCAUAAGUAGCAGCAACAAUGAAUGCGGCGCACAACAAUAAUCGUCGCCGGCAACGUCAUAAGUCAGCAGGCGUUGCGGCCACACCAAUUCGCCGGCCAUCAGUUGAGUUAACUGCAAAAACACCACCAAUAUUUCUUGCCACGGCGAUAUUAUAUAUUUGCCUGCAUAUUUGCUGCCUUCUGCAGCUGGGCGAGGCACAUGUCGCGCUGACCUAUCCACCUGCGCGCAAGUACGAUUUGGAUUUUUUGGACAAUUCACGUACGAAGGGACCGUGUGGCAUGCCAAAAGGCACAAUAAGUACCUCUUUACUUUCUGGCUCAAAAUUUAAUGCCACUUGGCACCUGGCAUAUCCGCAUAAGGGUGGCUUCCGCUUACAAUUACUUGACGCAUUCGACCGCCCAGUGUUGGAUUUAACACCGCAUGUCAAUCAAUCCGAAUUCGUGCGCACUGAUGUUACUGCCCAGUCCUUUCAGGUUAGCAUACCCAAAGAUUUUGAGUGUCAUAAUUGUACGCUCCGUCUGCUUCGCCAGGCCGACGAAUGGUCGGCUGGCUAUCGCUUUUGGUCUUGCGCAGAUGUCGAUGUAAAGAAUCGCAAAGACUUUCGUGAAACUUGCUCAGGCAAUGGAAAAUAUUUCCCAUCGCGUUGUAAAUGUGAAAAGAAUUAUUAUGGGCCACAGUGUCAGUACAAAGAUGAGUGUUCAACUAAUCAGGACUGUGGCAAUCAGGGCAAGUGUAUUGACCUUGCGGGCACAUCACUGCCACGCAAACAAUGUUAUUGUAAUUUCGGUUGGCAUGGUAUUGGAUGCAACAAGAAAUCACCAUACCGGACUACCGAAUUAGAUAUGACCGCCUAUUCGAUGAAACAAUUGUCAUCAGACUAUCGUCUCUACUGGCGUUUGUUGGAGGAACAUAAAGAGAUUGAGGUUGUGCUCAAGGUAAAUGGCACCUCCUGGGUGGGUUUGGGUUGGCGCCCUAAUUCACUUAAUGCUGAAUGCAAGAAUUUCCCGCUCAUACGUGAUAUUGGUGAUUUGACGACCACACUGACGCAUAGUGAACCGAGUGCGGAAGCAGAACCCGCACCAAGUGCUGAACCCGAACCCAAAUCGGAACCCGAACCGAAAUCAGAACCUGAGCCAGCAUCAGCACCUGAACCCAAAUCAGAACCGGAACCACAAUCUGAGCCAGAACCCAAAUCUGAACCAGAGCCCAAAUCCGAACCAGAACCGAAAUCUGAACCAGAACCAGCUGCUGAACCAGAACCAACAGCUGAACCAGAACCAGCAGCUGAACCAGAACCAAGCUCUGAACCAACGCCAGAGCCAGCAGCUUCAACUAAGUCCAAACGUGUGGCUAAACAUGAAGAUGAUCUUAUUCAAGGUAUGAACGGUGUUACGUCAGUGGCGACAAGCGUUUCAUAUCGCGUGAGUUCUUCGGCAGGCCGCAGACGACGUCAAGCACCAGUAGAAACGACCAUUGAAAUCGAGCCCAAGGUGGAACCUGAACCAACGGCUGCACCGGAACCAAAGUCAGAACCUGAACCCACUUCUGAACCGGAGCCCAGUUCGGAACCAGAGCCAAAGUCAGAACCAGAGCCUAGUUCAGAACCAGAACCAAAGACCGAGCCAGAACCAAACACAGAGCCGGAGCCAAAAGCUGAACCAGAACCAAAAUCAGAACCGGAACCAAAAUCAGAACCGGAACCAAAAUCAGAACCGGAACCAAAAUCAGAACCGGAACCAAAGUCAGAAGCGGAGCCCAAGUCUGAACCAGAACCAAAUUCUGAACCUGAGCCAUCUACGAAACCAGAGCCCUCUUCUGUGCCGGAACCUUCUUCUGAACCGGAGCCUGAACCCAAUUCGGUGCCCGAACCGAGUUCUGUACCAGAACCUUCAUCCGAACCGGAGCCGCAUUCCACAAAAACGCUGAAUUCCAAACAAUCUAUUAACAAAAGUGAACCGAAAUUAAGACUGAACCCAUAUACACCAAAAUUCGACUUCAAUCCUAUGGAUUGCACUGAUAUAGUUAUAGGGUCAGCGCGCGGUAUGGCCAGUCGUGUAGGAGAUUAUUAUACUCGUGAUCGUUCCACUCCACGCCGAGAUGAAUUCUACGGUGGUAAAUCGGACCUUUCACUAGGCACGGGCUUUGAAGAAAAUGGCGUAACCACAAUCAUUUUCCGCAAGAAGCUCGUCGCAACUGAAUCUACUGAUCACACCUUGGACGACGCAUUGACACAUGUGAUAUGGGCGAAGGGCCAAGAACCUGGUCAUUAUGUGCACAUUCCAGCUUCAGGAAUUGAAACAGAAACAGCGUCGGUGAAAGAUUUCUAUCAACCGGAUGAACUUAAAUAUCACGGACACAAAAUGCAACGCGGCGUUACACAAUUGAAUUUCUUCGAAAAGGAAAAGGUUGACACUAAAGAUGGCGUGGUAGAAGCCUCCACAAAUUUACUAGACAACGACUGCAUGGGUCACUGGAAAUACCCCAGCGAUUGCUUGCCAGAAAACCACACUUGUGAAUACUAUGCCCAAUGGGAAACUAUUGGUCGCGGUGAUGUGAUGCGUUGGCACAUCGAGACGUCGAAUACAAAGACCUGGACUGGCAUUGGCUUCAGCAAUGAUGAAAAAAUGUCACAAACAGAUGCCAUCAUCGGUUGGGUAGAUCGGAAUGGACGUCCCUUCUUGAUGGAUACGUGGAUAAAUGGGUACGGGGCACCCAAAUUGGAUGUACGACAGGAUAUAAUUGGUACCCCUUCAGGACGCAUUGAGUACGGUGUAACGAUUCUGGAAUUCGAUCGUAAACGUGUGAGCAAUGAUGAGCAGGACUUAUCAUUCACGGAUGAUCAUUGCUUAUAUUUAUUCUUCCCAGUGCUGGGUGGUGCAUUCCAUGCUGUAAACAAGAAAAUGGCCAAACACGAGCGCACACCGACCAUAUCGGCUACACGUGUCUGCAUUAAGUCUUGUGGCAAAGAACUCGAGAGCGUUUAUAAUACAGCAACACCAGCACCAAAUCGUCUUGUAUACGCAGUUGGCGUAAAACUGAUGAAUCUAGCUGAAUCCUUCGAGGCGCCACAACCGGGAACAGUGGAAUUCAACAACUUGGCUGCUACGAUUUCAGACUCAUUUAAUGGCAUACUAAAUAGUAUACCGGGUUACUAUAAGACCGAAAUUGUUGGAUUUGAGAAACAAGGCACAACAAUGAUUGCCAAAUUGCAAGCUAUGUUCGAUAAGGCUGAUUAUGAGAAAGGACAUGCGUUGGCGACAAAUACAGUCGGUUCAGAUAGCAGUGAAUCGGCUAGGAGCGGUGAUAUUGUAAGAGCAGCCUUGCAAGAUAAAAUUUCCACGGGCAAAGUGGGCUCGCUAGCUGUGGAUGCACAAUUCUUGGACUUCGAAGCAUUAGAAUAUAAAACAUCUAGCAAAGAUGAUGAAACUUUACUUUCCUUCUUCGAACUCUCCGAAGUACGAUUGUACAUAGUGCUUGGCUUGAUAGCCGCUUUGGUAUUCAUUGCAUUGGUACAAGCGAUCUGCACCAUCUGCAAGACAUCACGUAAAAAUAAAACACAAAAGGACACACUCAUACAAAACUCUCCUUGGAAAGAAUUCGCCUCGAACACGAACUACGCCUUCGACCCCUACGGUGAGACCGAAGAGAAAAACAUUACCACAUCGACAACUGUCAUCGCUACAGGCAAGGAAAAGUCACGUAACCGUUCCUCGAACUCGAACAGCCAACAGACUACACUACUCAUGUCACAUUCACCCACCAAUAAAUCGCAACUCUACCACGAAGGCACAAAUGGUCAUAAUGGCGGUCAUCAGUCACGCAGUCGCAAUCAGUACGAAAACGGCACGCACGACUAUCGCAGCAAUGGCCGCGUACAGCGCAGCACCGGCAAUAUAGCUGCAGCAGUCACUGAGAACGGUCAUUAUGAUCGCUACGAAGGCGAUCGUAGCAACGAACGCGGUGGCCCCUAUUCGCGCAGCUCAUAUGCCGAACGCGCCUAUUCACUGCCACGCCAACAAGCGCAACAACAACAUCGUGCCAAUAUGCAACCAUCAGGCUACUAUACGCAAGAGCGACGCGGGCAUCGAGCUGCAGCUGCAGGGUCGAAUCCGCGUGACGAACGCAACAGUCGGCCUUAUCGUGAUGGCUCGCGGUCGCGUGAAGAUCCGCGCAUGAGUUCGAACGGUGGCGCCGAUACGCCAGACUUUUACUUCAUGCCAUCGCAACGCAAAUACUCGGGCGAAGUAGUACGAGUAUAUGUGGACUACAAUAAGGAUCCGAAUCAUUGAGGGACAAGUGAAGGUGAACGAUUUUGUAUAUAUCGGGAAUGCGUACCCUGAAAGUGAAUUCGCACAGCGGUUGAAUGGAAUACUUUACAAAGGAAAUUUGGGAAAAAUGAUUCGACUUCCUUCCGGCCAUAAAGUGGAAAGAAACUACAUACAAUUGCUUAUUUCGCGAAAGAAAGGGGUAUAUCAUUUAAUCCAUUGCAGCUAGCCACAAAUAAUUUAGUCAAGCGAAUCCAAUCAAUAGUUAUAUCGAUCAAUUUUUAUGCAUAUGCGUACAUUUAGAUCGUAAAAGUCGGUGCAUAAGGGGUAUUCAAGCAGCUGAAAAAUACCUCAAGCAAAAUGCGUGAAUCUGGGGGAAGUGAGUUAUUUAUGAAAUACACAUUGAAUAGUAUACACUUAAGAACAAUUUUACGCAUACAACUAUAAAAAUGAAAAAACAAAUUUAUUUAUUUAAAAACUGUUAAUAAUAUAUGGGUAUUCACCCUGCGUACCUUAUUGAAAAUCGUAAAUAAAAAACUUUAGUGAAACCUUAAAUUCAAAAAUAGCUAAAUUUUGUCUGCCACUUAUUGCACUAAUGUUUUAACAUGAAAUUAAAAAAAAAAUAUCACAAAUUGUAAAUAAGUCACCGUGAAUACCUGGAACAAAAAUAUAUUUACAAAAGGAUUUUUCGGGCCAAGUCGAUACAUUUUAUAUAAGGCAUUAGAUAAAUUUUGUAAACAAAAAAGUUUAAACUAUAAGGGUAUUCAUGAUGCGUUAAUGUUAUCAAAAUGAAUUCUUGCAAAAAAUACAAAUAUCAUAUGGUCUGCGUGAAUACCUUCACUAAAAUAUAUUUGCAUUUGUGGUAUUCAGACCGAGCUUGUACUUUUAUAAUUCGAUAUUAAGAAAUUCUAUAAAUUUUGUAAAAACAGUUUAUAGUAUAAGGGUAUUGAUGAUGCGUUAGUCUUAAACCAACGAAUUCUAGUAAAUUUCAAAAUUAUCAGCCCAAAUACCUUCCAUAAAAAAAUUUACAUGAGGGGUAUAAAAACCGAGUUAUUAAAUUUCAUAAUUCGCAUUAAGUAAAUAAAAUUUUGUAAAAAAUUUCAGUAAAAACUACAAGUUUUGUAAAUUUAACGAUUCCGGUAUUGCGUAAUUCAGUAAACUGCACGCAAUGAUUUAUUUUUUCUCGGAUGACAAGACAGCCUGUUUUUUGUUUUAAGAAGAAACAUGAAGUAACUUUUGUAAUGUUUUCUAUAAAAUAUCAUGAAUUAAUUAUAUACUGAUUUAUUAAUUUAAACGCCCCGAGUGAACGUGAAUAGAAAACAUCUGAUGCAUUAUCCAAAGUUAGCCGAUUCAGUAAUCAGAAAAAUUACAAAAGCAAAAUACAUAAGUGGUAUUCAGACUUCGUUGUAUUCCAUGUAUUUUUCUGUUGUCAGAUGUUCGGAAUAUCAAAGAAACUAACACCGAGUUAGCGAGGCGACAAGCGUAUUUUGGUAUUGCAACAACUGUUUUGUUUGUCAUUCUCUUCGUCGCUUCAAGGUCUCUAAAUGAAUAGUAAUAAAAUUUAAUCUACUAAACUCGAUCUGAAGACCGCUAUAAUAAAUUCUACCAUAUACCGAAUUUUAAUAUGGACCAGCUAGGUUUGAAGAUCUUUAUAAAUAAUGAAAAUGUGUAUGAGAGAUAUCAAAACAUGCUUUUACAGAAAAAUAAUCAUUAAAAAGUGUUUAGAUUUUUACGCAUUAGAACGUUGAAGCGUCAGUAGUCAUUCUUUUUGUUAAAAUAUAUUUAAAAACAAAAUAACGCCUUUGAAAUAUAAUAUAUUAAGGCACUACAAAUAAAAAAGUAUAUAUAUUUACAUAAUUGAGGUAUAAGAAUAAAUAUUAAUAAAAAUAAGUUACAUAUAAACUGUAUACAUAUUUACGUAGAAAAUUUGUAUAUAAAUUGUUUCAAAUAAUAAAUUUAAUUCAAGUAUUUUUUACAACCCUACAAAAAUUAUAUAGAUUGGAAUUGGAAUUGGAUUCUGAACCUUAUAUGUAACUAUGUAUGGUUUUAAAGUUCAAAGCAACCUUUUGACAGCUUCAUAUACUUAUAAUUUAAGAAUAAUUGGUACUUCUUUAAAAGUCCGCUUUGCUUUGAAUUAUGGGCGCUAGCAACAGCGUUCAUAAAGUCAAUUUUUAAUGGGUACUUUUCAAUAAAACAAUUUUUUCUAUAAAAACUUUCGAAAGGCCUAAAUAAAAAUAACUUGUUUCUUUCCUUUCUCACUUACGCCUUUGAACAGCUCUCUUUCGUGCAGAAAGUUUCUCAAGGCUUAACAUGUCAAUGCAGAGUUAAAUGAAAAAAAUAGUUUUGCGGUUUAACUACAAUUUUAAAUUUAGAGUUUAAAGUUUUAAAGAUUCUAUAAAAAUUAGUAUUUUUAGUUGAAUGUGCAAAUUUUCGUUUUGUGACAUAUUAGAAAAUAUAUUGUAGUAAGAAAAUAUUAUUUUAUUUUAAAUAAACUCUUAAUUUUUUUCUAAAUAUAAUUUUUUUUAUUUUUGGAAACAUUUUUUGUGCCUGGAAAUGGGUUGAUACUUAAUACACUAAAACAGUUUCAUUAAAAUUUAUAAAAAUUUAAGCUUGAAGAAAUUUUAAUUAUAAUGAAAUGUUUAGUAGUAAAGGACACUUGUUUGGGAGCUCAUCACAAAGAGUAACACAUAGUCACCUAUUUUGUAAACAAAGAAGCGUAAUGCAAAUUUUAAUUAAACACUAUAUUUUAGACGAUUUGUAUCUAAGCAUAUUGCGUUUAUUUAUAUAAUACAAUGUUGUAAUAUAUUUAAUGGCAUGUGACAUUUGCUAGUUACCUGUAAAUAAAACAAAUAAAGGGAA